AUGGCCCCUUUGGACACUGCACCUUCAACUGUUGUUGGUACGGUCCUGGAAUCCGAAGGAGGAUAUGAACGAUUCAUCCCCGGACUCGCCUCUUCAGAUGCAGACGCUGUCAACGAGCUGAUUCAAUCUGCCUCGGCCCCGCCAAUGUCAUUAAAUUUUCCGUUUUCAAUAGAUCUACCCGCUACGCGAAGUGCGCUUUUGGCCGCCUUGCCUCCGGCAAGACAGUGCGACGAAUUGAAGAACAUAUUCUUUGAAGUUUUCUCGCCGCUCUUUCACAUACUCCAUGACCCCACAUUUCAUGCCGAGUAUGCCAACUUCUGCCAAUGCCGAGGAGAGGUGUCACUCUCAUUUCUCGCGUUGUUGUUUGUGAUUCUCUCCAUCUCCGUUACCGCGUUAGAUUCGGAUCAUCCGCUGCUGGCGGACCUAGGAAUGGAAACAACGGCUUCAGCAAAUAUCAAAAGCUUGGCGACAAAGUACCGAGCAGCCGCAAUGGGAUGCCUUUCCGCCGAUCAAUUCCUCUGGCGACACAACUUGCACACUGUCCAGGCUCUGGUGCUCCUGAUAUACGCACUUUCACACGCUCAUGGCCCAUCAUGGGCCUUGUUGGGGACCACUUUCAAUAUCUGCGUAUCGAUCGGUUGUCAUAUUGACCCAUCUCAACUAAAUUUAAACCCGGUGAGAAGUGAACAGAGGCGCCGGGUCUGGGCAGGCCUCAUGUUACUGUACACCAUUCAAAACACUUGUCUGGGCAACCUUGCCCCAAUGAAGGUUACCGCCAUCGUCCGUCUUCCCGCGGACGUCGAUGAUGAACAGAUCUCCAUGUACGACAGUCCGCAGUCCCAUACGGAUGAAUCUCAGCCAAGGCCUCUUAGCAAAAUGUCGUACAUCCUCUUCAAAUUCAAGCUGUAUCAAUUGGCAUCUGAUAUAACACACUUCGCCAGGGGAAACGGGGACUUGAAUGGCCUAAUCGACCUCGACCGGCGGAUCUCCAGAGAAGAGCACGAACAUGACGCCCGAUUCACCGACGUCCGGCAGCUUCCAAUCUACCACCUAGCUCAUCUAUAUAUCAUCAAAAAUUACACAAACCACCUCCGGCUCAUUCUGCAUCGACCGUAUCUUCCGCCGCAUUCCUCGGCUACAGAUAACGCACUGUUCGAGUUCCCAGAACAAGUGCUCCAAAGCCGGCAGUAUUGUAAAAUGUCGGCGAUGAAGAUCCUCAACAACCACGAAGAUCUGUGUUGCGACGACAGGCUGAGACCUUAUCGCUGGUUCGUGUAUGGACUGGGUGGCUACCAGACGUUUCUGGCGGCGUCGACACUCGCGGUGCUUCUUGGAUCGGAGGACGAUUCGGUCGCUUCGGACCGGGCAGAUGUAAUCUACACCCUACGAAGAUGUCAGGCUCGAUUCGAGCAGCUGGCCUUGAGAAGCGACAUCUCUGCCAAAGCUGCCCGGAUCCUGCGCCGAACGCUCGGGUCUCCUACGAACGGAAGCGGCGGCGGCAGCGGUCCUCCUCAAGACCUCCCUGGCCUGCACCAUCAAUCGUCGAACUUAAGCGACGAGUCCAAGACGCGCAGCAUGAGCCACAGACUACAAACGCCGGCUACAACUACUAAUGGCGGCAACCAUGGUCACGGCCAUGCUCCAUCAACAAUGGGCCCCAGCUCCGGCUACGCCGCCGGGCUAUUCGCCACCCCUCUUGCGCGUCCCUCAUCCUCCCCAUCCUUCUUCCCCUGCCCCCAGCCCAUCUACGAGCUCAUGUCCCUCCCGCCAGAGCAGUGGCUCGCAGGUCCCUCCGCCCUCGCAUGGGACUGGAGCAGCUGGGUCGAUGCCGCUGAGCCAACAAUGGCUCCGCAAAACAUGUUCGCGGACGCUUCGGGAGUCAUGAUGUGA